AAAUUAAGUAACCGAUUCUUCUAUAAAUAAGUGAGAGGUACGUAGAUUGAAGAAUCAUAUAUUAGUAUUACUUAACCUUCCAAUGGCUCUUCAACUAUAUCAUCUAGCCUUUGCCAAAUGUUUCUUUGAGGUAUGUAAACCAAUGCCAAACACCCGAGCGACAAGUAGGCGGCAUAGAUUGAUCAAGGCCGCCGAGAGUCAGUUAGCCAUUACUUACCAGCCAACUAUCUGGAGUCACGAUUAUAUCCGGGUGUUAGAUGAUAAUUUCCCGACGAAGUUUGAGGAGAAGGUCAGGGAGCUAGAGAAGAAGACGGUAAUGUUGUUGAAUGUUGAUUUUGAAAAUGGUGGUUUCACUAUGUUGGAGUUGCUUGAACAGAUAGAUGAUAUUGAAAGGCUGGGUCUUGGCUAUCGGUUUCAAAACGAUAUAAGGAGAGCACUGGACAUAAUCGCGUCAAUACAUGGAACUAAUGUCGGGCUUGAAGAAAAGCAAGAUAGUCUACAUGAGGCAUCUCUUAGAUUCAGGAUUCUUAGACAACAUGGCUAUAAUGUGUCCCCAGAUUUUAUUAGGAGAUUCAAGGACAAUCAUGGUGGCUUUAUUGGAUGCCUAGAGACAGAUGUCGAGGGGUUGUUAAGUUUAUAUGAAGCUUCACAUCUUGCUUUCAUGGAAGAAAGUGAUUUGCAUGAGGCCAAGUUAUUUGCUACCAAACAUUUGUUGAAACUUAAGGGUCGAGUAAAUGAUGCCCAAGCUCUUGAACAGAUAAACCAUGCAUUGGAAGCCCCCUUGUAUCAUAGGAUGCUUAGAUUACAAGCAAGGUGUUACAUUCAUGCAUACAAUAAACGACAAGACGCAAAUCUACUUCUGCUAGAGCUUGCAACAUUAGAUUUCAACAUGAUUCAAGCUACAUUCAGAACAGAACUUAAAGAAUUAUCAAAGUGGUGGAAAAAGACAGGCCUAGCACAAGAGUUAGGCUUCAUUAGGGAUCGACUCAUGGAAUGCUUCUUUUGGACAGUUGGUGUGGUUUUUGAACCUCAAUAUAAUUCUUGUCGUGUAAGGCUAACGAAAGUCUGUACGUUAAUUACUGUUAUUGAUGACAUCUACGACGUUUAUGGUUCCCUAGAUGAACUGCAGAUCUUCACGGAUGCUGUCAGGAGGUGGGAUAUUAAUGCAAUAGACGAUAUGCCAAAGUAUUUAAAGCUAGGCUUCGGGGCUCUUUACAACACGAUUACUGAAGUGGGUUCUAAUACUUCGGUUGGACAAGGAGAAAACAUCAUACCGAUCCUUGUAAAAGUGUGGGGAGAAUUAUUUGAAGCAUUUCUUGUGGAAGCAAAGUGGACCCGUGACAAAUACAUUCCAACAUUUGACGAUUAUCUUGAUAACGCGUGGAGAUCGGUGUCAGGAGUAGUUAUUGUUACUCAUGGAUACUUUUUGAUCAAUCAUGAAAUCAAAAAAGAUGUGAUUGAGUCCCUAGAGAAGUAUCAUGAUCUUAUGAAAUGGUCAUCAAUGGUUUUUCGACUUUACAAUGAUUUAGCUACUUCAUCGAAUGAGAUAGAAAGAGGUAAAACUGUAAAUGCAAUAUCAUGUUACAUGCACGAGAAUGGUGUUUGUGAGGAAGUUGCGCGUGCAUAUAUAACAACGUUAAUCGAUGAAGCAUGGAGUAAGCUGGUCAAAGUGCAUGUGGCUUGUUCUCAAGAGUUGGCGAAUCCGUUCAUUGAUAUGGCAAUUAAUCUAGCUCGAAUUUCACAUUGUACGUACCAAUAUGGUGAUGGACAUGGAGCUCCCGACUCUCGAGCCAAAGAUCGAGUCUUAUCCGUAAUUAUUGAGCCCAUUGCGUUUAAAGAAAUUGAACAUAUGUAUACUUAAUGUUAGGGAAAUUUGUG